GGGCAGCUGGGGGCGAGACUUGGCCGGGCGAGACGCUCGGCGGCCAGGUUUCGCCAGCCCAGCUAUUGUACAUCUUCAGCUGACUGAUUUCUAGCCUACUGAUACCUUUCCUCCGCUACCGACAGCCUCGCCCGUCCAGCCCGUGCAUGGGCGACAAGAAGCCCAAGGAUGGCAAGAGUGGAGGCAGCAGCGAAACCACCGCAGCGCCCAUAGGUACGCNGCACAAACAGAUAGAGAUCUGCCCAAUGCGCACGGCUGCGCCGUCAGAUCAGAUAGAUCUCGUGUGCAUACGCCCUCGGGCAUGGAUGCUUUGUAUAGAGAAUGGCUCACCGACACCUUUCGUGUCGGGUUCUUGCCUUCUGUGUGGGCGCACUCAGUUUUGCCGGCCGUCGGCUCCUGGGAGCCAUCGGGGCCUCUGAGUGGUUCAGGCACACAAACACCGAAUGGUAAGAGGGCACGCGCACGGCUUAGCCGUCACUAUGUGCAGCGCAUCUUCCUCUCUCGUGUGUGUAUGUGUUCAGACAGUGGGCGGGGCGUGGCCAGCAGCGCCAUAGGUGGCGCACGCACGUUGGUGGAGAGGGAGGGCCAUGCAGCAGGCAUCUCUCUGGCCAGCGCCGGCCUCUCUGCCUUUGUGCGCGUCACUGACGCUUGUUCCUGGCGUGAGGGGCGAGAUCAGCCUCAGCAUCCGAACACAGACAUGUGAGCAGCAGGGAGAGACCCAUUUCUGCAUGUCUGUUCAGGUUAAGGCUGGAUCGGCAGCCCUCGGCAGGCACCCAUUGCAACAACGGCUGCUGCCGGCGCCCUUGCCCUGAGUCCGUAGACUAGGUAGAAAGAGAUGAGUGGGAUAGUGAUGGUAGGUAGGGGAUGGUUGGUUGUGUCUGUGUCUGAGGGCGUUUGAAUGGAGGACAAGAGAACCGUGCGUGCAUACAUGGAUGCAGUCGCAGUCAAGUUCAUUGUCCC